GAAAAAUGGAAAGAAAAAUGAGAAAGGGAUGGCCCUCUAGAAUUUCUUGACUUUCUGAGCCUGAACCCCCAACCCCCCAGGCCAUUCCCUGAGCUAUGCCCCUAUUUAAAACUAUUUGUUAAGAGAUAAUGACAAAGUGGCUAAAAGAGUUGGUGAAGAUAAUGCCUCUGCACCCACCUUCUCUUAAACAAGCCUCAGUCACUCCCCUGCCUUUGCCUUCCCCCCAAUUUUCCUCCUCAAAAAACAUGCUUGAUCCUGGCGCAAAAUUGCCCAGAUCUCCAGUCACUUUGUCGGACCACAUAGGAAGGAGAUUGAGUGACAGUUAUGAUUCUAGAGUCCAGAAUACAGCUCAAAACUAUGUAAAUUAUAGGAGUUGCAACAGCAUGGGGGGGAGGUUCCCUGCUGAAACUUCCGUGAUGGAAGAUGAGUCUGGGAUAUCCACUCCUCCUUUGUGGAGUACUAGUCCUUCCAGGAGUCCUCCGCAUCGACAAAACAUUAAUUAUCGAUGCCUAUCACCAUCAUCGAAAGCUCAAGCUAUAGCUAGAGGCCAAAGGGAGCUUAUGGAAAUGGUUAGUAGAAUGCCUGAGUCCUGUUAUGAACUUUCCUUGAAAGAUCUAGUGGAGCAUCAGCCUGUGGUUGUUGAACCAAAAGAGGAGAGUUUUACUGAAGGGAGAGGUGUGAUCAAUGAAGAUACAUACAUGAAAGAGAAGGAGAUGAAGAAGAAGAAGCAGCAGAACAAUCAGAAACCGCAAAUUAUUAGGAGUGGGAGCAUAGAUAAUGGAGGGCUUCUUCUGAAAAUGGUGUUUCCAGUUUCGUUGAGGUCUAAGAAAAAGAAGAAGAUAAAGAAUGAUUCUGCUACAAAUCACAAUUCUAAAGUUUCUCCAAAGCCAGCAGUGUCAGAUGCAUCUGCUAAGAAUGUAGAUAAGGAGUGGUGGAAGAAGAGAUCGGGGUCGAGUGAGAGUGAGAGUGGUAGAUCGACUAUAAAUAGUGGAAGCACCAAAAGCAGCCGCAGUAGCAGCACCAGUAGCAGCAGCAGCUGCAGGAGCAUUAGCAAUAGCAGCAGCAGGCAUGGGAGGAGCGGUUGCUUGGCUUUCAUCUCCUCUAUGAGAAGGAAAGCAUCGCGAUAAAAGGGCAGCCUUGAGCCUUUAGCCUUGUUUGAAAAUGGAGUGCAAUGUGUAAUUAUCUUUCCAAUAAUGUCGAUGGUUAGGGUACAGGGAAUUGUCACAGCAGAGAGAUGCAGCUAAGCCUGUGUAUAAUAUUCAGAGAUUCUAAUUAAAGAGUGCUUUCUUUCUUUCUUUCUUUCUUUUUUUUCACUUAUAUUGAGAGAUGGGUCAUGAUUUUGGUUUCCAAGAUGCUGCAGCUGGGCUGAGGUUUGUUUGAAAUGAGCACAAGUGAUUCAACAGCAGUGCCAAGAUGAACAAGCGGUCUGUGAAUGAAAUCUCUUAGCAUAGCAAUCAACAUUUAAACUAUAGUUCUAUAUAUUCUUUGUGUGUGAGAUUGAAAACUUUUCCCUUUUCUCUAAUCAUACUCAAGGGGACAUCAUGUUUCUCA